UUAUAAGUCUGUGAUUAGAUGAGACUAAUAUUUAAGAUUUCGUGUUAACAGUAUUCAGUAUUGGGUAUAAUAUUGAUAAGAAUACAGCGGUGUAGUAAAAUAACUGGGACAUAUAGGCUAAAGGUGUUUUUUGAUUGGUUGAGUGAAAUUCUACUAUCAUUUAUAAACCAGUCUAUUCAAAACAAAUCAUGAUAGGAAGGGGCGAACUGAACCUAUUAAAAAUGGAAAAUUCGACGAAAUUCAAUCAAGAAUAUUAUGACAGGAAUGUCAAUAACAAUAUAACUAAGGUACACAAAAAUGGUCACAAGAAUGGAGUUAAUGGUAAAAAUGGAAAUGGUCAUAUACAGGAUGAUUGGAAGAAAGAUUUUCACGAAUCUUUUGAAGAAACACCGUUAGUUGCUGCUAUAUUAACAUAUUUAUGUUACUUUGUCAUGGUUGUGAUCGGAUAUAUUCGAGAAAAUUUCAGAUACUAUGGCUUAGAAGAAGAUAAAACUAUCAGUGAACCAAAAUUAGAGGGCUUUGUACCGUUAUAUCAAAGCUGGGAAAGUUUUUAUACAAGGAAUAUGUAUCGGAGGGUCAGAGAUUGUUGGAAUCGCCCAAUUGCCAGUAAAGCUGGUCCUUAUAUUGAUGUUUUAGAAAGAAAAUCUGAAGAUCACAAUUGGCAUUUAGAUAUUACUGGGAAGAAAUUAAAUGUAAUGAACUUGGGAUCCUACAACUACCUGGGUUUUUCUGAAAAUACUGGAGCAUGUGCCACUAGUUCUAUAGACAGUGUAUCACAGGCUGGUGUUGGUGUCUGCUCAACACGACAAGAAUAUGGUUAUUCCAACAUACACAAAGAAUUAGAUACAGUUACUGCUGAAUUUUUAGGCGUAGAAGCUGCUAUUACAUUUCCUAUGGGAUUUGCUACAAAUUCCAUGAAUCUUCCAUGUUUUAUGCAAAAGGGUUGUUUAUUAUUGAGUGAUGAAUUAAAUCAUGCAUCUUUAGUGCUAGGAUCAAGAUUAACUGGUGCCACAAUCAGAGUAUUUAAACAUAACAAUAUUAAAGACUUAGAAAAAAAAUUAAAGACAGCUAUAAUUGAAGGACAGCCACGAACACAUAGAGCAUGGAAAAAAAUACUUAUAGUUGUUGAAGGGGUUUAUAGUAUGGAAGGAUCUAUUGUACGCCUGCCUGAAAUUCUAGAAUUGAAAAAGAAAUAUAAGGCCUAUGUCUAUUUAGAUGAAGCUCACAGUAUUGGAGCUUUAGGUCCUCAUGGUCGAGGUGUAACAGAUUAUUUUGGUAUCAAUCCUAAAGAAAUUGAUAUCAUGAUGGGAACCUUUACUAAAAGUUUUGGUGCAGCUGGAGGGUAUAUUGGUGGUUCUAAGACAUUGAUAAACUACCUGAAAGCCAAUUCACACAGUGCUGUAUACUCUUGUUCUAUGUCACCGCCAGUUGCUAAACAAGUUAUUACUAGUAUGAAAAUUAUCAUGGGACAAAUGAAUGGUAAUGACGGUUUAAGACGUAUUCGUCAGCUAGCAUGGAAUACAAGAUAUAUUCGUCGUCGAUUACAAGAAAUGGGGUUUAUUGUGUAUGGAAAUAAAGAUUCUCCUGUAGUACCUGUUCUAAUUUAUUAUCCAACUAAAGUUGUGGCUUUGAGUCGUAAAUGUUUAGCUGAAGGAUUAGGUAUAGUGGUGGUAGGCUUUCCAGCUACUCCUAUUAUUGAAUCUAGAGCCAGACUAUGUUUAUCAGCUUCUCAUACACCAGAAAUGUUAGAUAAGACAUUAGAAUUGUUUGACAAAUUUGGCACAGAAUUAAAACUUAAAUACUCAAAGAAAAGUAGGAUAGCUGACUACCGAGAAGAUGACUCAAUUUUAAUCAGCUAACACAAUUAUUUGCAUCUAUCAUUGAAAUCAACAUAAAGACUCUGAUUUUAUUUUCAACAAUGGUCCCAUGAAGAAUGAAAGUUAUAUUUUUAUGUUAUUUGUUAUUUUAUUGUGUUAAGCAUAAUAUUCUAUCUAUAUUUAUAUUUACAAGAUGUUGAUUUGAAUGUUUGCUAUUUUAUGUAUUGUUUUCUUAUACAAUCAGAAUCACUGAUAUAUAUUUAAGAUUAACAUGUAUGCUUUAUGUGUGUGGAAAUGAUAGUCAAAAAGAAGCCUCUUUACUGAGUAAUUAGGCAUUCAUAAUAUUGUUAGAUAAUCUUCCUACAUUCCCAUUGAUAUGAGCUGGUUAACAUUUUGAUAUUACAAUAGAUGUUUGUAUGGAACACAACCCUUUUAGUUUUCUGAACAACCUAUCCAUAAUGCAAGUCAUAUGUUCAAGAAUACUGGUAUUUAUAUUGAAAUCCUAAACGUCAUAAUUUUACAAUCAUAUUAAAAAUAAUAUAUAAAGGAAACAAUCAUCUAAAUAUUAUCUUAUUUAUGGAACUUGAUAUCAGCUAUUGUAUCACUUUUCAAUAUGAAUCGUACAUGCAGUCUAAUUAAAAUUGGACCAAACUUUCGAUUAACGUGAUGAACACAGCGGCUCAAAGUGGAUUUUAUUAGUUAAAGUAAGGUCAAAAG